AUGUCACUUGUCCAGGGCUAUAGUAGCGAUGAAGACGAGGUUCCUUUGUCCUUGAUGGCCACUGUGGAUACCAAAUUGGUAGAUGUUAAUCCUGAAACAUCUGCCAUUGAAGAGAAAUUCGAGAUAGUUGAGGUGGAAUCUAAACCUUUCCAAACUCCUUUCAAACGAGGGAAGAAUAAAAACAAGAGAAGAAAGGGCAAUGUUGAAGAUGAUUAUUUAGGUCCUUGGGCAUCAUAUGAAGAAACCCCUGAAGAAAAGGUUCUGGAACCCGAGGAUGAUGAAGAAACAAAAGAAGAAGAAGAUAUACAGAAUAGUAAUGAAGUACAGACUGAGACCAAGCCAACUACAGAGUAUUUGGCCAAAUUCGAUUAUGAUGGUAGCUUUAUGACCCCUCCACCAUUAUUGGGAGAUCAUGAAUGUUUUGUACCGAAAAAAGUCAUCCAUACUUAUGCUGGACAUGAAGAUGGAGUCAAUAAACUACAAUUUUUCCCUGGAUCCGGACAUUUGAUACUUUCUUGUGGUAAUGAUGGUAUGAUACGCUUAUGGGAUGUUUAUAACGAUCAAGAGCUAAUCAGAGAAUACUGUGGUCACUCUCAACCUGUCAAAGAUAUAGUUUUCAAUAAAAAAGGUGACAGGUUUUUGAGCUGUUCCUUUGACAAGAAAGUCCAUCUUUGGGAUACUGAAACAGGGGAGGUUCUUUACACAUUGAAGACUGAAGUACAGCCUACCUCAGUUAUGUUUAAUACCGUUGAUGAUGGUGAGUUCCUUGUAGGUCUUCGAAAUAAUAAAAUCGAGCAUUACUCACUCAAUCUUAAUGCCAAUACUGAUGCUGGAGAAUCAGUCUUGACUUCCGUACAAACUUAUGAUUAUCAUUUGGGUUCCAUAAAUGGUCUCAAGCCUUUUAAAGAGAAAUUCUUGUCGAUAUCGGACGACAAAUCUAUACGAAUUUGGAAUUAUGGAAUUAAUAUUCCUCUCAAGACCAUCAUGCAUCCUACACAAUACUCCAUAGCUUCAGUUGCCAUUCAUGGGAACGACAUUGCUUUACAAAACAUGAAUAAUCUCAUCCAGGUAUUGGAUCCCAAGUUCAAGUUUAGGAAAAAGACUUUCAGAAACGAUAACAUUACAGGUUAUAAAAUCGAUAUAGAUUUCUCUCCUGAUGGUAAGAUCAUUUGCAGUGGAGAUUCCAAAGGUUUCCUUUUAUUCUGGGAUUUCAAGUCAGGGAAACUAGUAAAGAAAUUUAGAGUGUCUAACAAACUCAUCAAUUGUAUAAAGUACCAUCCUCAAGAGCAGAGUAAAGUAAUGGCUUCAGGAACUAAUGGAAAAAUCUAUUAUUGCGAUUAA